AUGCUGUUCAUACUGCUGCUGGCUGCACUAUGUGCUACGGCACCUGCUGCAAAAGUUUACGACACCUAUGACGAUCCGCACACAUGGGUAAAUAGAACCGUUAUGGUUCAUCUUUUUGAAUGGAAGUGGACAGAUAUCGCUAGAGAGUGUGAAGAGUUUCUGCAGUAUUAUGGAUACGGUGCAGUUCAGAUUUCACCACCAAUGGAACACUUGACACUAGUAAAAAAUGGAGAUCUUCCAUGGUGGGUACGAUAUCAGCCGGUCAGUUACAAGCUGAAUAGCAGGAGCGGUACAGAGGCAGAAUUUGCUGAUAUGGUGAAUAGAUGCAACAAAGUUGGUGUUAGAAUCAUUGUUGACACAAUCAUGAAUCACAUGACCGGAGUUAAUCAGAGGAAAGGAGUUAAUUCAGUUGGCAGUUCCGGUUCAUCAGACUUUGAUGCAACUGAUGGUGUUGAAUCAUUCCCAGCAGUACCUUACACUAAAGACAAUUUCAACGACGGCAAAUGUCAUCGUAACAUCAACUCCAACGACUAUAACUGCUGUGCAAACAAUGUUAGAAAUUGUCGUCUGGUAGGGCUUUUAGAUCUAGACCAGUCUCAGACAUAUGUUCAAGAGAAACUUGUUGGAUAUCUCAAUCACUUCAUUGAACUUGGCGUUGCUGGAUUCAGGCUCGAUGCUUCAAAACACAUGUGGCCAGACCAACUAAAAGUGAUUAUUGAUAAGGUUGACAACUUACGAAGCGAUAUUUUCGGCAACAAUCAGCGACCAAUGUUCAUCCACGAAGUAACUGAUCGAAGUGGCACUGAGUCUGUAAAGUGCAGUGAGUUCACAGGCAUUGGAAGGUACACGGAUUUCAGCUACGGCAUGAUUGUUUCGUACGCAGCCAAGAGACAAAACAAGGGCUUUGGGGAUCUGAGAUGGUGGGGUCCUGGAUAUGGCUAUGGCAACUUGGCUGAUACAGAUGUGCUUGCCUUUAUUGAUAACCACGAUGAUCAAAGAGACGGCACACCGGUUGUAACCUACAAGAACGGAGAUCAGUACGCAAUGAGUGUCGGAUUCAUGCUUGGCUGGGGUUAUGGAUUCCCACGAGUAAUGAGCAGCUACUACUUCUCGUACAGUGACCAAGGACCACCAAGCUAUGGCCAAUCUUCUGGAUUUGCUACAAAAAGUCAAGAGUUUAAUUCUGAUAAAACGUGCACACGAAGUUCCGGGUGGGUUUGCGAACACCGUUGGUAUGCAAUUCGAGGUAUGGCAAGAUUUAUGUCGGAGGCUGGAGAAGCUCCCAUAGAUGCUGUAGUCUCUGAAAACAAUCGUCUAGCAUUCGCUCGUUCUGGGAAGGGAUUCUUUGCCUUAAAUAAUGGCAAUGGCAUCUGGUCUCUAAACACCGCGACCACUCUUCCAGCUGGCACCUAUUGUGAUGUUUGGACUGGAGAACUACAAAACGGAGCUUGCACCGGUACCAGCGUUACCGUCGGUAGUGAUGGUAAUGCUUUAAUAGUUGAUCAUCAAUUUCUUUAG